GAGAGAGAGAGAGCUGUGUACUAUGACCUCUUAGAGCAGUUAGGUGACUUGUUGAGUCUUUAAGUCCCUCAGUAUUUGGAGAAGUCAAGUUAAACCAACACAGAUUGUUUCAGUUUUUUCUUCUUAAAAAUCUAAAUCAGAUGAGUCUUAAAAAACAGAAAGCCAGUAUGGAGCUGGUGAGGAACAUCAGAAAUCCUGAUUUUCUGGAUGUGGAAGGUGUCGGGUCAGUGGCUAGAGCCAUCAAUUCCCCUUCCGAGGAGAAGCAGGACUCCAGCUCGUUGAAACUGGACUCGGACGUGGCUGAGGAGUACACGCAGUUAAAGCCGUAUGCCGGGAUGCCGAAGGAGGUCUUGCUGUUAUACUCCUCUCAGGCCCGGUACCGGAUUCCCCGGGAGAUCAUGUUCUGGCUGACGGUGGCCUGCACCCUGGCGCUGGUGGCCCUCACCAUCACAGUGAUUGCCUUGUCGCCGCGGUGCCUUAGCUGGUGGCAGGUGUCCCCGGUUUACCAGAUCUACCCCCGCUCCUUCAGAGACUCAGACGGUGAUGGGGUCGGAGACAUCAAAGGCAUUCAGGAACAGUUGGAUCACUUCGAGUACCUAAACAUCAAGUCAGUUUGGAUCAGUCCUUUCUACCGCUCUCCCAUGAAAGACUUUGGAUAUGAUGUGGAAGAUUUCCUGGCCAUUGACCCCCUCUUUGGAACUAUGAAGGACUUUGAAGAGCUCCUGGCUGAAAUGCACAACAAAGGUUUGAAGCUGAUUAUGGAUUUCAUUCCCAAUCACACCAGUGACCAACAUCGCUGGUUUAACUUGAGCCGGAUGAGAGACCCUCACUACGAGGAUUACUACGUCUGGACCGACUGCAAUGAGACGGGACCAAGACCUAACAAUUGGGUGACUGUGUUUGGGAAUUCGUCAUGGACUUAUGAUGAAGUUAGAGGACAAUGCUACCUGCACCAGUUUCUCAAGGAGCAACCAGACCUGAACCUCAGAAACCCACAAGUCCGCCAAGAGAUGAUUGAUAUUAUUCAUUUCUGGCUGGGGAAGGGAGUGGAUGGGUUCCGGAUGGAUUCGGUGAAGUUCAUCUUGGAGGCUGCCCACUUGAGGGAUGAACCACAGGUGGACCCAAACAAAUCACCAGAGUCAGUAACUUCAGAGUGGGACCUUCACCAUGACUACACCACCAGUCAGCUGGGGCUGCAUGACCUUCUGAGGGACUGGAGGGCAGAGAUGGACAUCUACAGCCGUGAGCCUGGCAAAUACAGGUUCAUGGUGACACAGUCAUAUGAUUACCACGAGGUGGACAAGACCAUGAUGUACUAUGGCACCUCACUGGUUAAAGAAAGUGACUUCCCCUUUAACUUUUACCUGAUGGACCUGCCACAGAACACCAGCGGCUUGUGGGUUCAACAUCUUGUCCACCUCUGGAUGGCCAACAUGCCUAAGGGACAAUGGCCAAACUGGUUGGUUGGGAACCAUGACAAGCCUCGAAUUGCCUCUAUUGCUGGUCAGAACUAUAUUCGUGUCAUCAACAUGCUGCUGCUGACCCUUCCAGGCACACCCACCACCUACUACGGCGAGGAGAUCGGCAUGGAGAACAUUAAUGUCACAGACAGUCAGAUACAGGACCCUGCUGGAAAAUUCAAUGCCAGUGCCAGUCGGGACCCUCAGCGAUCGCCGAUGCAGUGGAGUGGUAACAUGAAUGGAGACUUCAACAACAAAACCAACGUCACCUGGAUGCCUGUUCACCCUGACUACAAAAGUGUCAAUGUGGAGGUCCAAAAGAAAGAUGAAGGUUCUGUCCUGGCUCAGUACCGUUUUCUGAACACCCUGCGUCAGUCAGAGCUCCCCCUUCACCGCGGGUGGUUCUGCUAUAUCCAUGCAGAUGCCAAUGUCUUCUCCUACCUUAGGGAGCUUGACGGACUGGACCAAGCUUUCCUCAUGGUGCUUAAUUUUGGCAAAGAAUCUGCCAUAACAGAUCUCUCCUCUUUUCCUGAGCUACCAGACCAGUUGAAGGUGCUGAUGAGCACAAACCAUGUCAACAAGGGCAAGGUGUUGCAGAAGUCUCAUAUCCUGACAGAAGCAGGGGAGGGUUUGGUGAUUCAGUACUCCACCCACACUCGGUUUAAUCCCAACCACACCAAACAGUGCUAUGUCUCUGAAAAGGCCUGCUAUGUAGGGGCCAUGGAUAUUCUUUAUAAAUGUUAAUAUGAAUGUACAAUGGUAUUGUAUUGUCUUACAGUUUCACAUUAGCAGUCAAAUCAAGAUUGUACUUCGGUGCCACCUCAGUAAUGGGUGUGUGUCGUUUUAUUAAAAGGACCAUUGCAGAUACA